AUGGACGCCGUGCUGUCCAGCGACGACUCGGACGUCGAAGCCGUUGCCAUCGACAGUCGACGGCGGCCAUAUAUCUCAAGUUUCCAAAACCUCCAUUCUUUGGCUGAAUCCUUCAAUGUGGACGACGGGUUUUUUUCCCAUUGCACAUUCAGCUACCUGGGCCCCAACUACACAUUUUACUUUGGACAGUCGCCAAAGACAAAGAAGGAGCUUACUCUGCAGCUCAUAUCCGACGCAUUGAAGAGAAUCCCCGCCCCCGAAAUCUACCCCAGGGCACCCUCGCGUAUCAAAGUGUACCCUCACGCCGCCAUCGACGAGCAUGUCUAUCUCAAGUUGCCCAACAUCCUUCGCUAUGAGGAGUUGGCUGGCACCAACUUGAUGGCCAGGCUGUGUCUGCACGAAGUCAACGCCUUCGAGCAGCUCGAGCGGCUAGAGCGGCACCACCACACACACCCCAACAUUGCAAAGUAUCACGGAUGCAUCGUCAGAGGAGAACGUGUUGUAGGCGUCGUCAUAGACCGCUAUCCCAUCACGCUGGCCGACAGGAUCAUCGAGGAAGGUUCGGACGCCUUCCCCUGGGAAAAUUGCUUGCAGAGAAUCGAGUCCGCCAUCAAGCACCUCCACAAGCUAGGCCUCGCGCAUAACGACCUCAACCCGAACAACAUCAUGCUCGACAAUUCCGACGUUCCCUACCUGAUCGACUUGGGAUCCUGCCGCCCCUUUGGCAAAGGCCUCGUAACAGCUGGCACUGUAGGCUGGGUUGAUGGAGACUUUACUGUGUCUGCUAUUGAACACGAUGAAGUUGGCCUGAGAAAGCUCAAGGCCUGGUUCGAAAAGAACUUAAUAAAAUGA